CAAAGCUCUCAGAUCUCUUCUCCAACGUCUCUUGUUUCUCUCUCUAAAAAAGGUCUCAUUUUUCCCUCUCGUUCUCUUUCCAAAACCUCCUCCCAAUGUCGCCGGAGGCUGGCCGGAGAGAGUAGUUCCGAUGGUGCAGUCCGCUGUCGGUCCCCUCAUCCCCGCCAAAACCAUAGCUCAAACCCCUGACCCGUCUUACCACGCUGCUGCGAAGAAGCGCCGCCAGAAGCGGCUCCGGAGCUCGGUGCUUCCCGGAGGUGGUGCGUAUGGAGGGAGACGGAGUGGACCCGGGACGCCUCUGCUCAGAUGGAAGUUUGAUAAUGGGGAUCGGCAAGGGGAAGUGGCGCCGGAAGUUGGGGGAAAGGGAAGGAGGAAGAAGAAGAGCUGCGAUGGAGCUCCGGCAGUGUCGGCGAGGAGGCUGGCUGCUGGACUCUGGAAACUUCAUUUGCCGGAGUUCGCGAGUGGUGGCGGGGAAGGCAGAAGAGGACAGGUUGUGAGUGAGCAUUUUCCUGGUCAUAUGCAAAACAAAUCAGCAACUAUUCAUGGAAGUUCCGCCUUCCAUGCUUGCGGAAGGAACGAGCUUCUAAGUCCCAUGUCUGUCCAUAAUACUGAGAAUUUUAUGUUGCAAAAGCUUGAUGGGUCAGCUGCAUUGGCCAAUUCAGUGAUGGAGAAAGCAACUAAGUGGGAUCCCGGGUGCACGAAAGCAUCAGAUGAGGUCUACAGGUUUUAUAGUCACCUUAAACUUCUUGAAGAUCAGCAGAUUACCACUGUGUCAGUUGUUUCAACACUCCAGGCAGAACUUGAGCAGGCCCGUACUCAAAUUGCUGAACUUGAGGCCGAGAGGAAAGUAGCAAAGAAAAAAAUGGAUCAUUUCUUUAGGAAGGUUGAGGAGGAGAAAGCUUCCUGGCGCAGCAAAGAGCACAGAAAGAUCAGGGCAAUACUUGAUGACAUGAAGAUUGACCUUAACCGAGAGAGGAAGAGCCGGCAACGAAUGGAAAUUAUGAACUCAAAGUUGGUCAAUGAGCUUGCGGAGGCUAAGUUAUCUGCCAAGAGAUUCAUGCAAGACUACGAGAAGGAACGGAAGAACAGAAUAUUGAUGGAGGAGGUUUGCGAUGAGCUUGCAAAAGAGAUGGGAGAGGACAAAGCCGAGGUUGAUGCUUUGAAGAGGGAAUCAUUGAUGGCCCGAGAGGAGGUCGAAGAAGAGAAGAAAAUGUUGCAAACGGCAGAGAUUUGGCGUGAAGAAAGGGUUCAGAUGAAGUUGGUUGAUGCAAAGCUGACCCUUGAGGAGAAGUAUGCACAGCUAAGUAAACUACAAGCUGAUUUAGAGGCAUUUUUGAAAGAAAGGCGCAACACUAAUCUUGACGAGGGGAACAUUAAAGAAGCGGAUGCACUAGUAAAGGCAGUUAGCUCAGUUGGUAUUCAAGACAUCAAAGAGUUGACUUAUCAACCCCCUCCUGCGUCGGAGGACAUAUUCUCAGUAUUUGAAGAACUCCAACCAAGAGAAGAUGCCAAUGAGAUAGAGAUUCAACCAUGCUGUGAAUCCAGACCAGCAAGUCAUGCAUCUAAAGUCCAUACAGUUAGCCCAGACAUUAAUGGAUUGUUAGGAAAAACCAAAUAUAAUUCAAGAUAUGUGAAUGGAGUAGUUGAUAGAAAUGACGAUGCAGAGGAUGAUAGUGGUUGGGAAACGGUGAGUCACAUUGAAGAGCAAGGAUCAAGUUUUUCUCCGGAAGGGAGCGAUCCAUCUGUAAAUGGAUUCUGUCAAGAAAGUAAUGUGUCACUGAGUGGAACUGAUUGGGAAGAUAAUGGAGUUCCUGGCAAAGCAAAUAGCGAAAUAAGUGAGGUUUGUUCUGUGGGGACUAAGCAAUCAAGGAAGAAGGUGUCGUCAAUUGUUAGGCUUUGGAAGUCGUCAUCUGGCCAAAUUAAUGGCGAAAAUCCCAAGAAGAUAUCAAUGGAGAUGAUAAAUGGGAGGUUGUCAAAUGGAAGGAUGUCUAAUGCCACCACCGUGUCUCCGGAAAGGCUGUCUGGUGAAAUCGGAUCAAGUCCUCGAAGCCUGGUGCAAUGGAGCUCUCCUGACUCUGUGAACCCACCAUACAUUAUUCGUGGCAUGAAGGGAUGUAUUGAAUGGCCACGAGGCACGCAAAACCAAAGUUUGAAGGCAAAGCUUCUUGAGGCAAGGAUCGAGAGCCAGAAAAUUCAGCUGAAGCAGGUCUUGAAGCAAAAAAUUUAGCAUGAUCAUUACCUCAAGAUUAACAUACUUAAAAGGUAAACCGGAUUAGCGCAUUUUCAAUUCAACAAUAACUCAAACAUCUACCUAUGCAACUGAAAAAUAUAUACGAACUUGACCUUCUGGCUUUGCGGGAAUCGUAUCAAGUGUCAAUUCAGAUCAUUGCUGCUACUUGUCUGUUUACACGAACACAACGUCUCGCAUCAUCUUUUUGUUUAUUUGUUCUAAACUGCUUAUGUAUCUUUAGUCAAUGCACGGGAACUCCGUGGUAGUUCCUUUUGUUAAAUUCGUACUCUGCUGUAUAUGCACCGGAGAUUUUACGUGCUCUUGUAUCACCAUGCAACAUUGUAGGAACUUCCUUUUGAUCUCUCAGAAAUAAUUUCUUUUUAAAACCA